AUGAUCUCCCGUUGUGUCGUUGCAGCCCUCAGCGCUGCGUGCCUCGCUGGCGCAUUCGCCCCCGGCCUCGAAGUGGUCUACGAUCUUGAUCUGGCAACUCAAGGUAUCGCGUUCUCCGCCGAUGGACGCAAGUUCUUGAUGCAGAGAUACUCUCUUACCGAUCCCCCACGUGCAGUUGAGCUUCUGGACGACAACUCUACGAUUCUCUACCCCAACGCCGAGUGGAAUUCCUACAAUUCAAGCGACAGUACUUCAGAUCCAGCGAAGACUUUUGUCAGUCUCGAUGGCGCCCGCAUUGGGCCUGAUGGACGCUACUGGCUGGUGGAUGGAGGAUCCCAGGGCCUUAACCGCUCCACCAAGCUCAUUGGCAUCAACCUUUCCAACGACACGGUUGACAAGCUUUACUACCUCGACGAUAUAAAAGCUUCCAACAGCGGUAUCGACGACGUGCGAUUUGGACCAUCCGGUGAUGUCGCAUACCUGAGUGAUACGGCUGGAGCACUACUUGUCCUCAACAUGACGACUGGAGAAGGAGUUCGGGUAUUGGCCGACGACCCAACCGCCGUGGCAUGGUUUCCAAUGAUGUACAACCAUACUCUUGUUCCGGGCUACGGUGCUGCAGGAAGCACACUCGCGGUUGGUCUCGAUCAGAUGGAAGUCUCGCCAGAUGGCGAGUGGUUCUACUACCAGCCUUGCAAUGGCGGCUUGUUCAAGAUCAAGACAGCCUUGGUUGACGCAACUUUGACAAACUCCACCCUAGCUGCUAGCCUGGGCGACUACGCUGAGGCGGUAGCACUGACUCCCAGCACAGGCGGUACUACAAUCGAUGGCGAUGGCAACAUUUACUUCAGUGACACCACGUUGCUUGCCAUCUGGAAAGUAACUCCUGAGGGCUAUGCCUCUAUCUUGGUUCAGGAUGACGCUCUGGUUUGGACGGAUCAGAUGUGGGUUACUGCCGACAAGAAGCUUUGGCUUCCCGCUUCGCAGAUGCGACCAGGAGGAAACGGACUCAUGGCUUCAAAGCCCAACUACAUCUUCACCUUCCCUAUCGAUGCAGGACCAUCCCCAAUCGACCAUGCCUGA